AACCUCCUCUUGCAACCCACCGGAAUUCACUUCCCUUGACAACAUGUGUUGCAACUACUACGGCAACUACUGUGGCUAUGGCUGUGGAAACAGCUAUGGCUGUGGAUUUAGCCCUUAUUAUGGCUGUGGUUAUGGAACUGGAUAUGGCUGUGGAUAUGGCUCCUGCUAUGGCUGUGGAUGUGGAACUGGAUAUGGCUGUGGAUAUGGUUCCUGCUGUGGCUGUGGAUAUGGCUCUGGCUCUGGCUCUGGCUACUGCAGCUACAGGCCAGUUUGCUAUAGGAUGUGUUAUUCUUCUUGCUGCUAGACCAUCACUAUCCAAGCCCCAUUUGCUUCUGAAACAACACAUUUAUAGAUAAGGCUGAUUCAAGGAUCUAUAACCCAUGGUUGCUAUGUUCGAGAAAUUAUAUGCCUGAGAGAGGCUUUGACCUCUAACUACCCAUUUUUUGAUUGGCAUCUUUGUGGCUGGAGGCCCCGUGAUAUCAUCUGACUAUUUUCCAAAAGGUAUCUUCUAUGCACUCAAGUUCUGAUUCUCUGCUAUGACUGUAUUGAUGAUCCCAGCAUUUUAUAGUUGGG